AUGGGCAUUCUUCAGCACUUCCUUGAGUCGACGCCACUCUAUCCGGAUGAUUCCCGUGGUUUUCUUGCUACGAGAAUGCAAGCAACAAAACCGACAAUUUUGUUUUCAGUUGGGUUAUACUCGUUGAUGCAUUUUGUUUUCGGCGUAGCACUUCGACCAGUUCGUUCGUGGUCAGGAGUUCUUAAACAUUCUGCAAGAUCGCUUUCCACCGCAUCAUCUCAGCUUCUUAGAGCCCACAACGCGUAUAGGCAUCCAUUAACCGCUCGCUUCAUGUCAACAGCAGAAGCGAAGAUGAGCACUCAAAAUUUUGUCCUUCGCCGUCAUAACAACAUCUACAAAAGCCCGGAAGACCAAAGAGAGUAUCGAGGCCUAGAAUUAACUAAUGGCCUGAAAGUUCUACUUGUAUCGGAUCCUACUACGGACAAGUCAGCCGCCGCUCUGGACGUAAAUGCAGGACACCUCAUGGACCCUUGGGAGCUGCCAGGCAUAGCACAUUUUUGCGAACAUAUGCUUUUUCUAGGCACGGACAAGUAUCCAUCAGAAAACGAAUACAGCAAGUUCAUUUCUGCACAUGCCGGUAGCACCAAUGCCUACACCGCCGCCGACCACACGAAUUACCACUUUGACGUGAAGCCUGACCAGCUCGAGGCUGCGCUUGAUCGCUUCGUUCAGUUCUUCCUAGCUCCUCAGUUCACUGAAAGUGCGACAGAAAGAGAGGUUUGUGCUGUCGACUCGGAGCACUCAAAUAACUUGAAAAAUGAUGGUUGGAGGAAGUUACAGGUGGAAAGGUUUCUCUCCAAGCCAGGCCAUGAUUACGGGAAAUUUGGAACGGGUAACAAGAAAACAUUGAUGGAUGACGCUCGGGUGAAAGGAUUGGAACCUCGUGAAGCUCUGCUCAGGUUUCACAAGGAGUGGUAUAGCUCGAACAUAAUGUCUCUUUGUAUAGUGGGGUCAGAAUCAUUGGAUCAAAUGGAGGAGUACCUCGGAACGCUUGGUUUUGAUGCCAUUGAAAAUAAAAAUGUGAAACCUAAGGAAUGGUUGGAUAGUCCAUAUGAGAAGCAGCAGCUGUGCAAGCGUGUUGAGAUUGUUCCCGUCAAGGAUACGCGCAGUCUUAUGAUUCGUUUUCCGAUUCCUGAUCUGCAAGCUGAGUACAAAUCAAAUCCAGCUCAUUACAUUUCACAUCUACUGGGACAUGAGGGAAAAGGUUCUCUCCUCUCGGAACUGAAACGACUAGGAUGGGUGAGCUCGCUAUCAGCUGGUGAAACGAUUUUAGCGAAGGGAUUUGCGGCAUUUGAUAUCCACGUCGAUCUCAGUGUAGACGGUCUUAACCACACCGAAGAUAUCGUCGCCUUGGUGUUUUCUUACAUUGGCUUGCUGAAACGUACGGGUGCUGAAGCUUGGGUGCAAGAGGAGCUCAAAGAGCUCGGAGAAAUCAAAUUCCGUUUCAAGGAUAAAGAGAAUCCGAUGUCGUUAGCCACGAAAGUUGCGUCUGAAAUGAGACAUGUGGCUUUUGAAGAUAUCCUGUCGUGGCGUUACUUGAUGUCUGAAUUCGACCCUGAUCGAAUCAUGGAGAUAAUCAAUAUGCUGUCUCCAGAGAACAUGUUUUAUACUGUUGUAGCAAAGCAAUUUAGUGGUCAAGAAGGGAAUAUUGAGGAACCAGUGUACGGCACGGAAAUGCGCAUUACAGAUGUUGAUGCGGCUACCAUGGAUCGUUUCAAAGCAGCUUUGGGAACAUCACAUCCAGCGUUGCACAUGCCAGAACGGAACGAGUACAUCCCUACGAAAUUCGAGCAGAAACCAAGGGAGGCUGUUAAAAGUGAGCACCCACGUGUGAUCUAUGAUGAUGUUUGGUGUCGAAUUUGGUUCAAACAAGAUGACGAAUAUAAGCUUCCAAAGAUGAUCACAAAGGUAGCUGUUACUGCUCCGAUUAUAGCGUCUGAUCCUUUGGCAACGAUGCUGUCUUCUAUGUUCUUGUGGUGCUUGAAUGAUGCUCUGGCAGAAGAAACAUAUAACGCCGAGUUAGCAGGCUUGAAAUGCCAGCUCGAACUUGGAACAUACGGCACAAAUCUGAAGGUAACUGGAUAUGACGAGAAACAGCCGUUAUUUGUGGAGCACUUGGUGAAGAGAAUGACCGACUUUAAGCCUGAUCCCCUGCGGUUCGAGGUGCUUUUUGAUGCCAUAAAACGAGCGCUGGAGAAUUUCGCUCAUUCGCAGCCAUACACUCUCUCACAGCAUUACAUCCAACUACUACUUAGCGAUAAGUUUUGGAGUAAGGAACAACUACUUGCAGUUUGUAAAGGCAUGACUGUCCACGAUGUUGAAGCAUUUGGAAAGGAGAUGCUGAAAGCGUUUCAUGUCGAGCUGUUUGUACACGGUAACACUACUGAGGAAGAAGCGCUCAAACUCGGUCAUGCUGUUACGAAGACGCUGCGCGACGCCAACAAGAGCAGGCCUUUGUUUAGAAACGAAUACAUGCUACUCAGGGAGCAUGCACUUGAAAACGGCGACGCAUACGUGUAUCGGCAUUUCCAAAAUACCCACGAAGUAUCCUGUGUGGAAGUCUUGUAUCAGGCUGGAAUUCAGGCAACUAGAGAGAAUGCACUAGUUGAACUCCUAGUACAGCUGCUACGAGAACCAGCUUUCAAUCAGUUGAGGACUGUGGAGCAGCUAGGUUACAUUGUUUGGACAGGGUCACGACUGAACGCCGGAACUCUUGGUUUGCAAUUUAUUGUACAGGGACCAAAGAAUCCGGAUCAUGUUUUAGAUCGAAUAGAGGAGUUUAUCGGAAAGAUUCGAGAAGACAUAGUAAAAAUGUCCGAGGAGGAAUUCGAACAGCAAAAAACGGGACUCAUAACUCGCUUGCUCGAGAAACCGAAGACAUUAGGAGGGAGAUCAAGAAGGUUUUGGAAUGAAAUUGAAUGCAGACAAUACGACUUCAAUAGGAAUGAGUCUGAGGUGGAAGUGUUGCGUCAUGUCACAAAAGAAGAGCUACUGCAAUAUUUCGACCGGAAAUUCAGCAAAACAGCACCGGAAAGGAGAAAGGUAGCUAUAUUUGUGCAUGGAAAAGACGAAUCUAGAGAUGGAAUGAUUGAAAAGUUCAGGAAGAAGAGAGAAAUUACGUCAGAUGAAAAACAACUUGAAGAGAUCGAGUGUAUGGAACAGUUCCGUCAGACGCUGUCGCUGUACGGUCGUCCACGGCCGAAAUUGAAUUUGCCGCCCAUAGGCGCCGAGCCACUAUCGAAUUUCGCUACUGGAGAUGCUAAAUCGAAGUAUUGA